CGCGACGCCAGGACGUCGGCCAAUUGAGAUUGAGUGAGUGAUCUCGAUCGAUCGAGCGUCGUAUUGGUCAACCAACUGUAUACCGUUACAACUGAUCCUCACUCGUGUCCGACUCCUCAGAGCAUUAGGACGCUUUUCGGUUUGGUUCAAGACUUGUGGUGACGGCGGUCUCGCGGUAUUUCGUAGAUCUAUCUAUUCUUCCUUAGUCCCGGAAGCUGUGUGUGGCCGGCCAUCAUUGUGCGAUCAUUCGCGCGGCAUUUAGUUUACGACUGGACUUUUAUUUUGCAAAAAUAUCGCCGGUUAUUCGUCGUCGUCGCCGCCGUGUCGUGGAGUGAGCUAUUUUUAGUCCAUACUCCUUUCUUGUGCGCCUGCAUGUUUUUCUACGGUCCGUGUCGCCUCCGUGCAUCUACACAUAUCAGUAUCAGCUUGUAGAGGUGAAAGUAGAAGAAGGGUGUCCAUCCAAGCAACCGCGAGCGAGCGACAUUCGCGCGAGUGCGAGAUUCUCAUUUUGGGCUAUCGUCUUCUCGUCAGUCAGUCAGCAAGCAGUUCAGUGCCAGUGUUGAACAGAAACCAGUCAGCUUCGGUCGGACAAUCUAGUGAGCUGUGAAAUCCGUCGCGUUUCGGGUCGGAAUCCAAAGCGGGGGAAGGUUUGAGUGCGUUUCGCCUACUUGGAUUAUAGGUAUCCAACUUGAGUGAGUGAAAACGUGCAAAGUGACGAUCAGUGCCUACUACUAUUGUGUGAGCAUUCUUCCGUACUUUCUUUUGGUACUUCUGUUCGUGUGUCGUUCAAUAGCUGAAGAAGCUGAAAAAGGUUCCACCGCAGCGGCCAUCGUCCAAUACCAGCAAAAAUGUCAAAUUUCGCUUGGGUGACGCUAGCGACCAAUGAUUCGUACUCGUUGGGCGCCCUGGUCGUGGCGCAUUCGCUCAAACGCGUGCACACAGCUCACCAGCUAGCCGUGCUGAUAACGCCCGGUGUAUCGGAGGCCAUGAAAAAUAAACUACGCACCAUCUUCAAUGUUGUGGAGGAAGUCAACCUGCUGGACUCGAAGGACGAAGCCAACCUGGCGCUGCUCAAACGUCCCGAGCUGGGCAUCACAUUCACAAAGCUGCACUGUUGGCGUCUGACACAGUUCGAAAAGUGUGUCUUCCUCGAUGCCGAUACGCUGGUGCUGCGCAAUUGCGACGAACUGUUCGAAAGGGAAGAACUGUCUGCCGCUCCGGAUGUCGGUUGGCCCGAUUGUUUCAACUCUGGGGUUUACGUGUACCGACCGUCGCUGGAUACGUUCUCCAGCUUGAUGCAGUACGCUGUUACGCACGGAAGCUUCGACGGUGGCGACCAAGGGCUUCUGAAUUCGUACUUUUCGGAUUGGGCACAUAAGGACAUCUCGAAGCACCUCCCCUUCAUCUACAACACAUCGUCGGUGGCUUCCUACUCGUAUCUUCCUGCAUUUAAGCAAUUCGGCCAGAACACAAAAAUCCUCCACUUCAUCGGCACGGCCAAACCGUGGCUGCAAAACUUCAACUCGGAAUCCCGCAAGGUGUACAUCCCUGGCGGCUAUCAGCAUCUGGCCAACUUCCUCCAGUACUGGUGGGAUAUCUUCUGCGAAGAUGUCCACUCACGUUUGAGUGCGGAUAUGUCUGACCUCAACAAUAGUAGGAAUAAUAACGAAAAGCAACAGACAUUCAGUAGCUGGAUCAAACCUAGCCAGGUCAGUACUAGUAAUAAUGCGUACCGUUCGUCCGGUACCGGAAGCUUCUACAGUGGCGAUCAUUUUGGUGGUGGCGGUGAGGGAUCCGAUCAGACCGGUAAUUAUAACCCUAGCGGUAGCUCGACGAUGGAACCUUUCCAUCCGCAAUGGGAUCAGUUCGUUCCCAGCUAUGAUGCGACGAUCGAGUACGUCGAUCCCUGGGAGGAAUACUUCCGAAAGCAGGAAGAAGAGCGUGAUCGUUUGGCACGGGAACAGCAAAAACGGGAGGAAGAAAGAUUGUACUAUCAGUAUCUUGACAACCAACGGUUGCAGGAACAGCUUCGACGCGAUCAUGAACACUGGCACCAACAGCAGCAACAGCACCAUAACCACGAUCACCACCAUCAUCAUCAAGAGCACCAUCACCAUCACGAGCUUGAGCAUCAUCACGAUCACCAUCGCGAUCAUCACGGUCACCAGCAAGAUGCUAAUGUUUUUCAGAGCACAGAACAGUGGGUAGAAAACGUGCACAGGCACGAUCAUAGUGGUCAUUGGGAUCCGGAACCGGCCCGGCCUGUGACGUGGCAACCGGAAAGUGUACAGCAAGGUGGUGGCGGAGGUGGCGGCGACCAAUAUCAACAUCAUCAGCAUCAGGAGCAUCAUCAUCAUCAUCAACAGCAGCAGCACGGUGAUCAUCACCAACCGGAAAGGCACGAUCAUCAUGGUCAUGGAGGUGGAGGCGAAGGUACCAGGGCUGAUGAUCAUCAGCACCAUCACCAGCAGUCGCAGCAAGAUCACCCUUCAGAACAGCAGCAACCCCAACAAGAACAGCAUCCGCAAGGUGGUGGUGAAGGGAGUGGCCUUGCUGGAGCGCUGUCGCAGCUACACCUUGGUGAGCCCAAGUCCACCGAGCAGGAAGUCUACGAAGAGCACAUGCGCCGCCAGUGCUGGGAAUCCGGUAACAUCGACUACAUGGGUCGGGACUCGUUCGAGAACAUCUGGCGCCGCAUCACGCAGACGGUCAGCGCGGGACCAUCCCCGGUGGCCGAAUCCGCCCAAACUCCGGCGGCGUCGACGACUCCACUGCGAGCCAUCAGCCCAGCUCCUCCGCGUCGAAGCCGCUCGUCCAAGUCGCGAUCGCGUUCGACCACACCGAAGCGGGAUCCACGGGACCGUUCGCCAACGCCUCAGCCCGAGGACAUCGUCCCGGUCGAGAAGAAGGAAGUUCAAAUUGAAGCAUCGAUCCAAGAGGAAGAAGACAAUUUGAAUGUUGCGUCACUGGACGAAAGUGCCGCCGAGUGUCGGAAACUGCCACCGCCGGUCCAGUACGAUCCAAUGACCAGUACGACCACACUGACCAAAAAAGUUUUUGCAGGUUAUCAGCAGAUCAUUACCACCAAAACCCCAGAAGGUAAAACCCGUACCCGCACCAAAACCGUGUACGAUCCCAGCGUAGAUGACGAAGAUGUAGUCGACGGACCAAUGUUCGUAACCUCUGCUACAGUUGCCGAAAGCCGAAUCAAGCCUGCUAUGCCGCUAGUGGAACCUGAAACGGAAGUAAUAACUGCAUCGGUUACUUCGAUCAGCCCAGCAGUUACGCCUACUUUGAAAACCACACCUGUAACGCCUACCGCGAUCACCACGUCAGUCCCAACUGCUCCGAAAGCAUCGCCCGCCCCUCCUACUUCGAAAACCACGCCCCCUCCAGCUCCGGUUCCUGAAUCGGAGAAAAAGCCGACCCCGUCCCGCGCCUCGCCCCGGCCUCAGCUAGAACAGCAGGUCGCACAGGAAUCGAUGGCAGGUAAAGAACCCAGUGUCGAACCCAUUAAAACAGUUCGUCGUAAGCGACUCGCGUCACCACAAGCCCCAUCCGCAGUUACCACUUCUACCGCCACACAAACAACUGCAUCCACAAAGCCCAAAACAAAAUCAAAGUCAACCGUUGCGCUCAAGACCGCUUCGGCAGUUGCCAAGACGACCACUCCUUCCCCAUCGACACCCGCCAAACCCAAAGCUACGCCACAAGAGCCUACUAAGACAAAGCCGGCUACGCCAUCGCAGUCGCCUGCCCCAUCCAAAAGCCAAUCAUUGCCAUCGCCAUCAUCCUCAGUGUCAUCCCCACCACCACCACCACCAACUUCAAACCUCUCGUCAACGAACGGCCGGCCAAAGCCAACGAAGAAGUCUAUCGAGGAGAUCGAAACCGCUCCGCUGACGGCCAACGAUGAACUGGACAAUGACAGUGCACCCGUCACGCCCCAGGUGCCGCCUCGUCGCAAGCGGGAAACCAAGGUCUCCCGAAUAGUGCAGGUUCUAACAUCGACCACUAGCUGUUGCUAUAAUGCUGUAAAGAGCGUUGUUCGGACGACCUUCAAUGUUGCUGUUGAUGCUUUGACGGUGUUCUCACUGUUGGUCGUGUGCUAUGGUUUGGCCACUUUUACACCUUCUAUUGAGUCUUAGUGAUUUGUUGUAAUAACCUUUCUUUUUGUGCUUACUCAGGGUCAAAUUGCGUAUAGUUUUUUUUUUCUUUGUUAUAUGAAUGCAUUUUACAGUUUCAUAUUGUUUAGUUAAUUAUGUUUGAGAUAAAGACAUGUUUUAAUCGGCAUAGUAAAUAAUUGAAUUUCCACAAUAAAUUGUAUAAUUAUUUGUUUGAA